AUGAAGGCUCUGCUCUGCCGACUGGAGUGCGACAAUGAGGUGAUGGCUAUGGAGCGCAAGUGUGGCUGGGACACGCUGCUGUGUGCUCACACCCAGCACUAUGCCGUGGGUCUGCUGGCCAGAGAGAUGCGCCGUGUCUCCCUCUCCUUGUGUUCUGGGAUUGCUCUCCGCCUGCUUGGGCUGCUCAGCAGGGAGGAGCCACACUGGGAUCUGCCCGGCCUGGCAUUCAUUGUGGAGGUCCUCGAGUGCCUGGACGUGAGGGAAUGUGCUGACAGCAUCCUGGAGAUCAUGUCAAGGCACCUGAGGAACGAGUGCAGGGAGAGGCGUCGCCUGGCGCUCAGAGGCCUCGUGGUGCUCAGCAAGGAUCCCUCGAUGGCCAGGAGAAUGGGCACUCUGUCUCCAAGCCUUCUGGAGCUGCUGGGUGAUGCAGACGGAGAGCUGGUCGGCAUGACGCUCUCUGUGUUCACUAAUUUGCUCAAGAGCAAAGACAUGCUGGUAUCCAGCACCACUGCCCCGAAGCUGGCUGAGGCUCUCCUGCUGCUCUUCGACCACGACAACAGCCAUGUGCAGCUGCUCUCCCUUGACCUCUUCUUCAAGGUGAUGGAUUUGGUAGUAGAGGAGGGAAAAAAGCCCCUGAAGUCAGUGGUGUGCCAGAGCCUUCCUGCACUCUUCUUCCACUGUCAUGAUGAGAAUCAGCGUGUGGCAGAGGCUUCUCGGGAAAUGCUUCAUUGUGCAGCCGGGUUCCUGAAGAGGAGGGAUCUCAAAGAGCUGGUGGAGACAGAGAAGCUGUUGACGUUUGUUGAGGUCUUGGGGUGGCCGGGCGGCACCUGAGGGGGCAGCCAGGAGAGCUCCAGCUCCUCACUGAGGCCCUUCAAGCCCUGAAGAAAGAUGUCAGCCCUUCCCAGAAAAACAUAGUUGUUAAACAGAUAUUCAGUUGGAGAGUUACAGAACUGGCACAGAAGAACCAGUGUUUGUUGAAGACCUGCAAAUGCCAUGGAAGAUGAGAGUGCCUUGAGACCAGAAGAGACCAGCUGGAGCUCCAGGCACCGCUGAUGAUUGGCACAGCUGAGCCACUUGCAUGUCUUCAGCCCUCUCCCUGCUUAUAGAUAGCUCCCUCCCUCCAGCCCUCAGACUCUGCCCAUCCCUUCUCUUUCCCUCCAUUCUCCCUCCCUGUUCACGGCUCUUUCCCUCUAGUCCUCAGAUCUUGCCCUUCCCCUUUUUCCCCACCCAGCUCAUUCCUUUGCUUUGCCUUCUAUUAAUAAACAGUUUGGCUUCUUCA